AUGUCUCCGCAAAGUAUUUUUUUAAUAUUCACAACCGUAUCCGUCAGCCGGCUAGACGCUUUGAUUUAUCCCAAUCAAUCAACCAGCUUAGCCCUUAUAUACUCCGUUUCAUAUCCUAUCGUCGAAUAUUUUCCAGAGCGCAGUAUACUCAUAGAUUGGUGCUUUCAAAUGUCCUACACACUACCUGGAUCGGUUUCGGCUUUUUAUAAUAUACCAAUAUGGCCAGGUAUACAAAAUCCUAAACAACGUAAGAAGCGUGCCUCGCAUAACGUAGCAAGUCCAGAAGUUAAGCAACAUUUGCAGUGGUUGGAGAAAUAUAAUCGCAAAACAGCCAAAAAUCAACAUCCGAUGGAUUUGACGGCCGGUGAACUCUAUCGCGGCUUAGUGGAUUACUUCACUAGCUUUGGACUGCAUGAAACCUGUCUCCUGCGCAGUAUUUGCGAAUUGGCUCAACAUCCAUUCGACGAUAAGCAUCACACCAUACUCACUGAGCUGCUGACAUUUGUAUUGACGCCAUCUCUGCAUCAGGGUUUCGCUGAGCAUGAGAAAAUCUACCAAGAAGCCUACGAAGCAGCUGAACUGUAUGGAUUUCUAGGCGAGAAUUGCACUGCUUUAUAUGCUGAUUGUAAAAGAGACUUAUUGAGCAUCCUAUCGAAAAUUAUUUUAAUAAAUGAUUAAGCAAAAACUUGAGUAAACCAAUUAAGGCGGUGUCCAUAAAUCCGAGACUGGGUACAUUUGACAAAUUAUA